AUGUCUUCAAAAUUUUGGGCGGAGUUAUCGAACGAUUACGAAAAACUUUUCGAAACAGAAAUUGGAUAUGACGUUAUUAUUUAUGCUGGAGAAGAACCAAAUGUCAAAGAAAUUCAUGCUCAUUCAAAUAUUUUGUGCAUUAGGUCUCAAUAUUUUCGUUCUGCAUUUUCCAACGAAUGGGCUGAAAAAAAAGAUGGAAAAUUUAUAUUCAGGAAACAGAAUAUUUCACCACAAUUAUUUAAUAUCAUUCUUAGGUUUAUUUAUUGUGGAAAUAUUGAAUUAGAGAAAUUACAGGGUUCCGACGUAUUGAAAUUAUUAAUAGCAGUUGAUGAGCUCAAUAUCAAUUCAUUGAUUUCACAUAUUCAAGAAUUUUUGAUUGAUAAUCAAACUGAAUUUUUGCAUCAAAAUCCUACUGAAAUUCUUGAAACCGUUUAUCAACAUGAAGCAUUUACAAAUUUAUGGAAUUUUUGUCUUGAAAAAAUUUGUGAAGAACCAAAGAUUUUAUUCAACUCUGAUAAAUUUAUUACUUUAAAAUCUCCAUUUUUAGAAUUAUUGUUAAAAAGAGAUGAUUUGAAUGUGGAAGAAAUUGAAAUAUGGGAAAAUUUAUUGAAGUGGUGUUUUGCUCAACAAAAUAUUGAGAAUGACCAAACAAAAUGGAAUAAAGAAGAUAUUACAAAGAUUAAAAAUGAAUUGAAUAAAUUUAUUCCUUUAAUUCGGUUUUAUAAUAUUGAACCUGCAGAUUUUUUUUAUAAGGUUUAUUGUUAUAACGAUAAAGAUAUCUUACCAAAAGAUUUAAUUAAUGAUCUUUUGGAAUUUCAUAUAGUACCUAAUGUGAAACCUAAAGAUAAUUUACCACCUUCAAGAAGAACAUAUUUUAAAAAACUUGAUUCAUCCUUGACUGGAUCAGACUGUAUUCCUGUUUUUGCUUCAUGGAUUGAUAAAAAAGAUUCUUCACAUUAUAAUAAAAAAGAUAGUCCCUAUAAUUUUAAUUUAUUAUAUCGUUCAAGUCGGGAUGGAAUUGAUCCUGGUUCUUUUCACAGAAAUUGUGAUGAUAAAGGAGCUACUAUUUAUAUAGCUAAAAUUAAAGAUUCGACACAAUUAAUUGGAGGGUAUAAUCCACUUGACUGGAAUGGAUUUGAUUGGAAAACUACAGCAGAUAGUUUUAUAUUUAAUUCUACAAUUACAGAUAAAAAAAAUAUUUCUGCAACGAAAGUAAGUUAUGUUGAUAAGACAGAAUAUGCUGUUUUUUGUCAUAAUGAUUUUGGACCAACUAUGGGUAAUUUAUAUUGCUAUAAAAAUAUUUGGUCUUGUGAAAUUUACAUUGAUGGAGAUCGUUACCCCAACAUAGGAAUUCCAGUAAAUUUUGAAGUAGAAGAUUAUGAAGUAUUUCAAGUAAUUAAAAAAUAA